CUAAACUUUGCAGAGCUGCACGCCUCCAGGAAUUGAGUUUGGCACCACUGGUAUAUAGUAUUGAGACUGAUCUCUCUCUCUCUUUUUUUUUCAAUCAGUGCAAAUAAAUGCAAGUACUGGCAGUGCAUCAGAUGGAGGUAUUUAAAAUUUCAUCAAAAGAUGGCCGCUGCUCAAUUUGGACAGAGAUGGGGGAAUAAUAGAGUCUGCCCAAAUGCAAACAAAUUCCUCCAAAGGACUGGUGUGGAAGCUGAAGAGGAGAUCGACGAUAUGACCGUUCCAGAACUAUCCAGGAUAAACCAUGAAGAACAAACAGACUGGAUGGAAGUAAAACCGCAAAGACAUGUGGUGAAUGAAGUGGAGGAGGAAUGUUGUAAAAUCAAAACUUCAAGAAAAAAAGCCAAACAGCUUCACACCUGCUCACAGUGUGGAAAUAGUUUCAGACAAAAAGGAGGCCUUAAGAAGCACAUGAGAAUCCACACUGGAGAGAAACCAUACACAUGCACUCAGUGUGGAAAGCGUUUUACUGAUGCAUCAGGUUUCAGUUAUCAUCUGCGCAUUCAUUCUGGAGAAAAGCCAUUUAACUGUGAUCAGUGUGGUAAAAAGUUUAUUUCAUCAUCACAUCUAAAAGCACACCUGACAGUUCAUUCAGGUGAGAAGCCUCAUGUGUGUUCUUACUGUGGAAAGAGUUUUUCACGGCUGGACAGUUAUAAACGGCACCAGAAAACACAUAAUGAAGUGAAAGAUCACAUGUGUUUUGAGUGCGGGAAGAGCUUUACUAGAGUAACCCAUCUGAAAGAGCACCAGAGGAUUCAUACUGGAGAAAAACCUUACAAGUGCUCAUACUGUGACAAGAGUUUCACUUUGUCUGUAAAUCUGAAAAGGCAUGAGCGAGUUCAUACUGGAGAGAAACCGUACAAAUGCCCUCAGUGCGGAAAGCAUUUUAGACAUUCCAACUCUGUAGUGUAUCAUAUGAUAAAGACUUGUCUGAAGUCGUCAUUAUCACGACCAAUGAAAUCUUCAGAAUCUGUGGUGGGCGGAGUUUGUGCUUGUGUUAAAAAGGUGAGGGAUAUUCACAUGAUCCUAUACAGGACUGGUGCAGAAGUUGAAGAGGAGAUUGACGACAUGAAUGAUCCAGAACCAUCUAGAAUGAAUCAUGUAGAUACUGAAGAACAAACAGACUGGAUGGAAGUAAAACAGCAAAGACAUGAGGUGGAGGAGGAACGUUGUAAAAUCAAAACUUCAGGAAAAAAAGCCAAUCAGCUUCACACCUGCUCACAGUGUGGAAAUAAUUUCAGAGAAAAAGGAAACCUUAAGAAGCACAUGAGAAUCCACACUGGAGAGAAACCAUACACAUGCACUCAGUGUGGAAAGAGUUUUACUGAUGCAUCAAGUCUCAGUUAUCAUCUGCGCAUUCACUCUGGAGAAAAGCCAUUUAACUGUGAUCAGUGUGGUAAAAAGUUUAUUUCAUCAUCAAAUCUAAAAUUCCACCUGACAGUUCAUUCAGAUGAGAAGCCUCAUGUGUGUUCUUUGUGUGGAAAGAGUUUCUCUCGGCUGGACAGUUAUAAACUGCACCAGAAAACACAUAAUGAAGUGAGAGAUCACAUGUGUUUUGAGUGUGGGAAGAGCUUUAUUACAGCUGAUCAUCUGAAACAUCACCAAAGAAUUCAUACUGGAGAGAAACCUUAUAAGUGCUCAUAUUGUGACAAGAGUUUCAUUCGGCCUGCACACUUGAAAACACAUGAGCGAGUUCAUACUGGAGAGAAACCGUACCACUGUACUCAGUGUGGAGAGAGUUUCACUCGGUCAACAAAUCUAGUGACCCAUAUUAAAAAGCAUUGUUCUGUGUCAGAAUUAAAGAUGGAGUUUAUUAAAGAGGAGAUUGAGGACAUGAGUGUUUCAGAACCAUCCAGAAUAAAACAUGAAGAUACUGAAGAACAAACAGACUGGAUGGAAGUAAAACAGCAAAGACAUGAGGUGAAUGAAGUGGAGGAGGAACCUUGUAAAAUCAAAGGUGAACAGCCGUUCACAUGCCCUCAGUGUGGAAAGAGUUUCAGACAAAAAGGAAACCUUAAGAGGCACAUGAGAAUCCACACUGGAGAGAAACUGUACACAUGCCCUCAGUGUGGAAAGGGUUUUGCUGAUGCAUCAGGUUUCAGUUAUCAUCUGCGCAUUCACUCUGGAGAAAAGCCAUUUAACUGUGAUCAGUGUGGUAAAAAGUUUAUUUCAUCAUCAAAUCUAAAAAAACACCUGAAAUGUCAUUCAGAUGAGAAGCCUCAUGUGUGUUCUUUGUGUGGAAAGAGUUUUUCAAGGCUAUAUAGUUAUAAAUGUCACCUCAAAACACACAAUGAAGUGAGAGAUCACAUGUGUUUUGAGUGCGGGAAGAGCUUUACUGCACCUGUUCAUCUGAAACAGCACCAAAGGAUUCAUACUGGAGAGAAACCUUACAAGUGCUCAUAUUGUGACAAGAGUUUCACUCAGUCUGUAAAUCUGAAAACACAUGAGCGAAUUCAUACUGGAGAGAAACCAUAUCACUGUACUCAGUGUGGACAGAGUUUCACUCAGUCAGGAACUCUUGUGACUCAUAUUAAAAAGCAUUGUUCUGUGAGCAAAUCUUUUCUAGAUUCAGUAUUUCAAAUAAAUUAUUUGUGAUUCAGAUUCGGUAAAUAUGAGAUAAGCUCAAAUAAACUGGUUUGCUGUGAAAUGCCACAAGAUUUGUGAUGUUUUUUUCUGUUUUGUUGGAGAACUGCAAAAGUAUUUAGUCACUUUAUUCUUACAUUGAUGUUGUUUAUUCUUUGAUUAAAUGUCUGCUCUGACAAAGACACUGACAAAGAAACACCCAAAUUAAAAUGGAAAAAUAUGAAACAAAAGAUAUUUAUU